UGCAGGAGGAGCCAAGCAGGCGAAUAUGUCUGAGGUUGUGCUUCAAGCCAGGAGUGUAAGAUGAUCUCUCUCUUUCCCGAGCCCAUCAGGCAUCCUUUUGCAUAGGGACACACUCGCACACACAUUCCUAUCAAGUCAUCUUGUGAAAGACUGCCGGCUUCCAACUUGGCUUGAGUGUGCAACCUUAAUAAAACACACCGAGGUCUGCGAGAAAAUAGCAGUUCAGCCGCAGCUAGGGCAGGAGAAAGAGACUGAGGCUAUGCCUAGGCAGCUGACUCAAAGACGCUGCAUGCUGAAGUGUAACAGAGAGGAAACGAUAAAUCCCAGCUACUAUGCAAUAAAUUGCUCCAGCUUCAGCUAAGGAAGCUCUCUGUUAUCAUGAAAUAGAUUUUUUUUAAAAGAUAGUUAUUAUCUUAAUCCUCUUUUCUUUACCAUUUCAACCCCUUAAAGAGGUCUUUAAAGACAAAGCAAAACGAAACACAAGAGGGAAAGGAGUGAAAGUGUUUCUGUUCACACACACAAAAGAGGGCUAGUAACAUGACCGUUCUCCUUGGCUUUGCUUUUCUCGCUGCUCUCCUGACUCACAUAGGCUGCAGCAAUCCACGCCGGGUACCAGAGUCCAGCAGCACAAGGAGGUAUAACCGGAUUCAGCACGGGCAGUGCACCUACACUUUCAUCCUUCCAGAACAGGAUGGGAACUGUCGGGAAAGCACCACCGAACAAUACAACACCAACGCUCUCCAGAGGGAUGCCCCUCACAUGGAGCAGGAUUUCUCUACCCAGAAACUGCAACGCCUGGAGCAUGUCAUGGAAAACUACACUCAGUGGCUGCAAAAGCUUGAGAAUUACAUUGUGGAAAACAUGAAAUCAGAGAUGACCCAGAUGCAACAAAAUGCUGUCCAGAAUCACACAGCCACCAUGUUGGAGAUAGGGACAAGUCUUCUCAGCCAGACUGCAGAACAGACAAGAAAGCUUACAGAUGUUGAAACACAGGUGUUAAAUCAGACUUCCCGACUAGAAAUUCAGUUGUUGGAGAAUUCACUGUCUACUUACAAGCUGGAGAAACAACUGCUGCAACAGACACAUGAGAUCUUCAAAAUACAUGAAAAAAACAGUCUAUUAGAACACAAAAUCCUUGAAAUGGAAGAAAGACAUAAAGAAGAACUGGAUACUUUGAAGGAAGAAAAAGAGAACCUGCAAAGCUUGGUUUCACGUCAAACAUACAUCAUCCAAGAACUGGAAAGGCAGCUGACUAAAGCAACUACCAAUAACAGUAUCCUGCAGAAACAACAACUGGAGCUAAUGGACACUGUGCACAGCUUAGUGAACAUGUGCUCUAAAGAAGGAGUUGUGCUAAAGAACCCCAAAAGAGAAGAUGACAAGCCAUUCAGAGACUGUGCUGAUGCAUACCAAGCUGGUUUUAAUAAAAGCGGUGUCUACACUAUUUAUGUGAAUAAUAUAUCAGAACCUAAAAAGGUUUUUUGUAAUAUGGACAUCCUGGGAGGAGGCUGGACAGUUAUACAGCACCGAGAAGAUGGGAGCCUAGAUUUCCAAAAAAGUUGGAAAGAAUACAAAAUGGGAUUCGGUAGUCCCUCUGGUGAAUAUUGGCUGGGGAAUGAAUUUAUCUUUGCAAUAACCACCAGUCAAAGACACUAUUCUCUAAGAAUUGAACUAACAGACUGGGAAGGAAGUCGGGCUUAUUCACAAUACGAUAGAUUUUAUAUAGGAAGUGAAAAGCAGAAUUACAGGCUUUAUUUAAAGGGUCAUUCAGGAACAGCAGGAAAACAGAGCAGCCUGAUCUUGCAUGGGGCUGAUUUUAGUACCAAAGAUGCUGACAAUGACAACUGUAUGUGCAAAUGUGCUCUUAUGCUAACAGGAGGCUGGUGGUUUGAUGCCUGUGGGCCUUCCAAUCUCAAUGGAAUGUUCUACUCCGCCGGACAACACCACGGAAAAAUAAAUGGAAUCAAAUGGCAUUACUUCAAAGGCCCCAGUUACUCAUUACGUUCCACAACUAUGAUGAUCCGGCCUUUAGACUUUUAAAGACACCAAGCAAAGGCAAGAACAAUGUGCAGUAUAGCUACCACAAUCUGAAGGAUCUCCUAUGUAACCUUCAGAAGCAGAAGGCAGGAACUUUCUGAAAGGCAUCAAAUGGCAGGAAUCCAGCUCUACUCAGAUAUGAUGUCACAGGCUGCAGAAAAUGGACAUGAAUCACCACCAAACACAUGAGGAUGCAGAUGAAGACAUGGUUGCUCAGACUACAGAAGAUAACUGACUAUUCAGUGGGCAACCUUUCAAUUCAGUUGCCACAAAGGAACCCAAUAACAUUUAGCUGAAGCUUUUCUUCUCAUUUUUUUCUUAAACAAAAACAAUGAAAGUUAUCAGACUACAUACAAGGAAGAUGCAGUUUUGGGAAGCAAAAAUAAAUAAUAAUAAAUAAAUAAAGGGAUACUCAUCCACAGUGUAAAAAGCAUUGAAUCUAUGCAAAAGCACAACUGAUAUUUAUUUUGAUAGGGACAUGUUGCCUUGAAAAUGCAAAGAUGGCUGUGCAAGCCCUUGCCUGCUAUCAACAAAUAUAAUUUAGAUAGAUAACAUUUCUUUAAUGUAGGAUCAAUAAGGUAUGUAGGAGUGAUUUCUCAUUUAAGCCCAUUUCAAAUGUGAAACAUGUUCCUAAUAAAGAGCCUGUGCUUCAUGACAGGCAGAGAAUGAUAAGAGCAAUGUGGGGGGAAUUGCCCCGACUGACUAGGGUGCAUGUUGGUAAUCUGGAUAAUUGACAUAAUCCUUCAGCUAGGAUUUAUGGCAUGAUAACAAAAGAAGCCAGGGAUUUUUCUUUUUGACUGCAGCAGCUUUGGGCUCUGUCAAACCCAGUCUGAAUCUCCCAUUCAAAAGAAAUUGUUGGUUAUUUUAAAAAGGUGAAAUAAAGGUUAUUUGUAUAUGGAAUUUCCUUUGGAAAAUAUACUUAAAUACAGCAUGUAUGCAAAUGGCAUAACCUCAUAUUUAACUGGAUUGGGUUCAUUAACCAGCCUUGGGCUUUUUUUUUUUUUUGUAUGUGCACAUGUUAAAGUUAAUUACUUCUAAAUUGCUAGACCUUCAUUUGUUUUCUGUUACUCAUUGUAAAUUUGAAAGUAAGCCAAGCAGGAGGCUUAUCAGUUCUUUUCAGUUCUUUGUAGUGGUUCAGUUACUGUGGAGAAUAAUAAAUAAAUAUAGGAGAAUAAAGGGGAUAAUUGCAAUUAUGGAUGAUCAAUACCAUGGCCAGAAAACAACCAAAUGUAAGCACAUUAAUUUAAAAAGGAAAACUAAGCACGUGCAUAGCUCUACUUUAUUUGAAAUUAGUGAGAAUUAAAAGUACUUGUUCUGAGAAAGUGGGUUACUAUAUUUAAACACUGCUUUCUGUUUAAAAUGUGUCCAGCAUAUGUAUCUUUGGAAUUUCAUGAACUUUUAAAAAAUGUAUGCUGAGGAUCAGUUCAAAUAUUUGACUCAGACAAUAAGGUCUAACUAAUGUUUUAGUUUCUGUCUGGAUCUCAGAAACAUGUGUAUAUCCACCAUUUCAUGUAUAGAAACAGAGGGAAACUUUUAGAACAAAGUCAGGGCAAUGAUCCAUCUAGUUCAGUAUCAUCUACACUGAGAGGCAAUUACUUUUCAGCAUUUCAGGCAUUAAUAUUACCUCACCUACGUAGAGGUGCUAGUACUGAUUCUUUGACCUUCUGCUCUUCUUUACUCUUCCAUUAAGACAUGGAGUGCCCUCUUCACAAAUGUCUCACAUGAGCAGGUUUUUCAAUUAUAAAAACUAUACUAAUCCCAUAAAAUUUGUGCGGUCCUUCUAUUUCUCUUGCAAUGGGAAGGAUUAUGAAAAUUAUCUGACUCGCCAAUAGCUAGAUCAUAUCGGAUAUAUUUUAUCUAGUGCCAUGCAUCUCUACACUUUUUCAUAUGAUGGAGCCUCUUUCCGUAGGAAAAGUAUCCCAACCAACUAAGUUCUAGCCAGUGAGUUUGUUCUCUUCCAUCAUCUCAUUGCAAGUUGUAUUCAUACAAACUAAAUAGUAAAUAGAACUUCAGCCCUCCAGGCGUUUUGGACUUCAACUCCCAGAAAUCCCAGCCAGGAAUUGUGGGAUUUGAAGUCCAAAACACUUAAGGGCUGAAGUUUGCCCAUGCGUGAUCGAUAUGAAUCUCACCGGAGCAUUCUUCCACUCUGUAUCUUUGAAGUUGCUUCUUUCUACAGUUCUGUAAACUGUCUGUAUUUGAAUUGAGGAAGACCCAUACCUAAAUGGUCGAGUGCAUUUUUUGUAUUGUUUUGAUGCGGAAGAACUCUAGCUUGUCCCCAAUUUGAAGGUUCAGGAAGUAGGUCAAAUGAUAUGCCAGCCCAUAAUAGAGUACGCUGAAUGGGAAAAUAUUCUGACAUGUAUGAUAGUUUUUGAAUUCUUGCCAUCCUAUUAUGUUGGGAAAUAACAUGUAGUUUUUUCAGGCAAGCAUUCUGUGAAUGCUGUCCCACAGUUGUCCUUAUACAAAAGCAUAUGCAGACAAGCUAUGUGAAGCUUAAUGAUGACCUUGGAUUGAGAACAUAGGCUUAAAUAAAACUUGAGGCUCCAUUAAUGACAUUUGAAAAGUAUUGAUAAUUUCUAAUUUUGUGUUGAAUGCAGCUGAGUGUCCAUGCUCUUAAUCAAUAGUAGGCAAGUUUCUUCCAUUUAUGGGAACAAAAUCUGCAUAGACUUUGUACAAACAACAUGAAUGAAUAAAGGAAUACCAUAGCACCACAGCUACAUGUUUCCAAAGCUAAAAGGGUCUUUUGCAUUUAUCUGUAUGUAUUUCUCUUUACAUCAUCCUGCCAAAGGAAGUUAAUUAGUUGAGUUCUUCUGGUUAAAUUACUGACUUUUGUUUUGUUUUAUUUUGGUUCAGAAGGUUCCUUCAUAUUGUUGAUUUCUCCUUCAUUCCUGCAGUCUUCAUUUAUGUCCAAAGAUCGUGGUGUUUCUCAAAAGAUGUAAUAUUUUUAAAGUUUCCAAAUGAAGAAUACCACUGUAUAGAUCAAAUUGCAAAGGACACAAGUUAAGGAUGACGGGGAGAGAGCAAAAGAACGAUCAAAACACAAGCAUGAUAUUUACUGUUUAUUUAUCUCAGUUUGAACAAAUGGGGACAUGGUUUCCUAUUCUUUAUAAUAAAACAUUUAAAACACA